CCCAAUUAGACAUGCCUACCCUAUGAAUUGAGAUGAAAAUUCAUUCAAAAUUAUUUUGAAGUGUUUGUCUCUAAAUUAUUCUGUAGUGUUACCUGGACUGUAGAAGGUAAAACGAACGAACAUGUUAUAUACGUUUAAUUAAAUAUUGCAUGUGUCGUAUGACAUCGUAAUUGUUCAAACUCUCAAAUAAAAUAUCACUACAGCAUGAAGCUACAGGGGGAUUCUGCAUAUCACUGAAGAGAGGGAUACCGAUAAUUUCAGUGUGAGCAUUUUCAUGUUCCUCUGCCUCUGAGACUGCAGGAGGGGUGGCAGCAAGGGCUGUACAUGUAGAACUUGUGCUACCACACUGUGGGGUAGACUCAAGAGGAGCAUGGAAGAAAGAGGAGAAAUUACACUCCGAGCAUGAACCAAACCUCAAUGUCCGUGUCAGAGUUCGUCUUGCUUUGUACAAUCGACUCCCAGAAGAAAAGCUACACCAUUGUUAUGCUCACUGUAGUCUACUUGGUGACACUGUUUGGGAACGUCCUGGUAGUUCUGGUCAUAGCAAUGAAUCCUCAGUUGCAAAAGCCCAUGUAUGUUGGCAUUGCAGCUUUAGCAAUAAUCGACUUGGUUGGCAGCACAAAUAUUAUUCCCAAACUAAUUGCCGUUCUUUCAGACUGGGCAGCUAUUCCUUAUGGGCCUUGCUUGCUUCAGAUGGCUUUGGUGUUAUAUUUAGGGGGAGCAGAAGCCUUUCUGUUGGCUUUCAUGGCGUGUGACCGCUAUGUGGCAGUUGUCCAUCCACUGCGAUAUUCUACACUGGUGACAAAAAGAACCAUCUUGGCUGCUGGUAUAUUAUUGUAUAUGGUUCCAGCUGCUUUUGUUUUAGCUAUGCUGAUUUUCAUCACAGAAUUGUCUUUUUGUACUACUAAUAUCCUAAAUUAUUGUUUUUGCGAUUAUUCUUCACUAGUUAAAAUAGCUUGCAAGGAAAAUCCUAAAUAUUUUCUCACUCUGUCAGUUGGUUCUUUUGUGUUUGGCAUUUGUCCGUUUGUAUUUAUUUUACUUUCCUAUGCACGGAUUGCUUAUGCUGCUCUGAAGAUCUCAUCUAGUGAUGGAAAAAAGAAGACUCUGAAUACGCUCACCACCCAUCUACUGGUGGUGGGACUCUUCAAUAUUCCACUUGUAUUGUCCCAUCUCUUAACUGCAGUAGGAGUGAAGCUGUCUACUGAAUCAUACAACACCAUGAUAAUUGUAGCAAAUAUUGUGCCACCAAUGUUCAAUCCCAUGAUAUACAGCUUCAGAAACAAGGAGAUCCGUAGCAGCAUCCAGAAACUUUUCAAAAGUGCAAAAUUUUAAAAUAUGCCCCACAUUCUGAAGACUUCAGAUUUGGUGUAUGAACAGUGACUCCCAUAAUGCUGUAUUAUA